AACCGCGCCCCCUUCAGAUAAGCCCAUCCGUGUUGCUGGAAAGUCAGCAGAAAAGUGUGGAAAACUCCGCAGCGAAGGAGGACCCUUGAGCUUUUUUGUUUCUCCCCCCCCACCGCUUUUCGCGGAACUCUCUCCCGCACCCCGCUGAAGUCGCUCCCUUCUCGGCCAAGUAGGGACCGUCGUGCCCCGGGGAAGCAGAAGCUCUUGUUUGCCGCCUUCGGAGCACUUUUCCCGGACGUUGUACUUCGUUGACUGGAGCGCUGACUUCCUGUAAAGCAGGCCUCUCGGCGAGGGGAAAGACGGAAAAAGAGGCUUUUCCGUCCACUUCCAAAUAUUGUCCCGAUAUUGGAGGCUGCCAGCUCAGAACAAUGGCCAGAAGAUGCGCCUUCUUUGCCUUGUUGCUUCUUUCAGCGUGCGGCUUGGCAUCUGCAGGGCCGUUUCGCAGCCCGUGUGAGUUGCUGCCGGUGGGCAUGAGCCACCCCGUGCAAGCCAUGAGCAAGAGCUUCACAGCCCUGUCAGGCUGCGCCAGCCGGGGCACUAGCGGCCUCCCCCAGGAAGUCCAUGUGGUCAACCUGAGAGGCGCCGCACCCGCCCUGAGACCCGGCAGCGCCCCGGCGGAGGUGGAGCUGCACCUGAAGCCCAUCCAGUCUCUGCUGCGCCACCAGAAGCCGCUGGUCCUGGUCCUCAACUCCCCGGAGGCACUGGUGUGGAAGGUGAAGACCGAGAGCCUCGCCCCGGGCGUCAGGCGCACCUUUCACGUACCCAUGGGCUCGGAGGUUCGCUUCCAGCCGGGAAACUUCUCACUCUCCUGUCAGGUCCAAAAGGAGCUGCUGCUUCCCCACGGCAACGAGCACCUCCUCGGCUGGGCACAGAAGAUGUACGGGGCCGUCACCUCCUUCUCCGAGCUCAGGAUGACUCAAGAUAUCUACAUCAAAGUCGGAGAAGAUCCUCUCUUCUCCAACACGUGCAAGAUCGACAACAAGUUCCUGUCCUUGAACUACCUCGGCGGCUACGUAGAGCCUCAAGCCUCCAAAGGUUGCGUCCUCUCCGCGUCCCAGCACGACCAGGAGGUCCACGUCGUAGAGCUCCAGGCACCCAAUUCCAGCAGUGCUUUCCAGGUGGAGGUGAUUGUGGAGCUACGUCCACUGGAGGACGACGCCCCGCUCCACCGUGACGUGGUCCUGCUGCUCAAAUGUAUCAAGUCGGUCAACUGGGUCAUCAAGUCCCACAAUGUGGUGGGCAAGCUCAUUGUUGUGGCUUCUGACAGUAUCAGCAUCAGUUCAGGUACGGAGAGGCUGAUGCAAGUGUCCAAAUCCCCCAAGCAGCGCUUACCGUCCGGGCCGCAAGCGCUGAUCCAGUGGGCCGAGGAGCACCACUACGGCCCAGUCACCACCUACACCAACACGCCCGUGGCCAACCACUUCAACGUGUGGCUCAAACCGCAAGACGUGUCGGACUUACCGCAGAGCAUGCUACCCCCGGAGCUGUCCAUCCUACGGGAUUCCGGGCCGCCCCCCGGCGGACGCGGCGGGGUCUCUACGCGCCGCUCCGACCUGCCGUUCCCAUUCUUUUCGCCCGUGUCGGCUGACGUGUCGGACUUACCGCAGAGCAUGCUACCCCCGGAGCUGUCCAUCCUACGGGAUUCCGGGCCGCCCCCCGGCGGACGCGGCGGGGUCUCUACGCGCCGCUCCGACCUCCCGGCCAAUGGAUUUGCGCACGCCAACCUGACGCUUCAAGACCCACAAUGCAAAGCGGUGGUCAACGCCACCCACUACACAUUGGAGACGCCGCUCAACGGGUGCCAGACCACCGUGUACCCCCUGCUGGGAACGUCCAACGCCCUUCACAUCAACACCGUCCUGAUAAGUCACAGCGAGUCAAAGGAUGGGAGCGGCGGGCCGCUGGAGUACGAGGACCAGGAAUCAGGAGAAGUCCUCUUCCCCAGAGGGACUUUGGACCUGGAAAGAUUCCCGCCCAGAGAUCAGCUGUCAAGCGUAACGUUCAACUGCACGUACCGACGGGAAAGCAAGAAAAUCCCGGGGGCGGCGCCCAAGAAGGUCCCGGAAAGCGGUGCGGUCCGACCCGUCAACUUAACAUUUAGCAUGGAUCUGUACGACGCGCCGCCCACCAACCAGCCGUCCCGCCAGGCCUUCAACACCGUCUUGCACAACCAGCGGGUUUUCGUGGAGAUCACGUCAACGUCAGACGACGCCGACGUGGGCUUCAACAUCCUGUCGUGCUUCGUUUCGCCCGACGCCAACCCCAAAGUGGAGUCGCCCUACGCGCUCAUCGAGACAGUUUGUCCCACCGACGACUCGCUGCGCUUCCGUCAACACGCGCAGAAGGACAAGAAGAGCUUCAGCUUCACCUUCAAGUCCGACUUGAACGCGUCGCGGCUCUUCCUGCACUGCAAGAUGGCGCCGUGCGCAGACACCAAUCCUCAACUAGCACCGUGCGUGGACGCAAGCUGGGCGUGCGACUCCUUGAAAGUAGAAGACAUCCUGAACAUGAUGAUGAACGCCAGGACCAGCAGCAAAGCUCUGCUGGUCCUGGACGGGAACCACGCACCCCGCGUGACAGAUACACCAUCACAAGCAGGCCCUGAUGACCCCACUAAUAAAAACACGGCGGCGCACCUACUAGACACGCCGACGGUGGUGGGGAUCGCCUUCGCCGCCUUCGCCAUCGGCGCUCUGCUGACAGGAGCGCUUUGGUUCAUCUACUCGCACACAGGAGGGACUGCUACGGUGGCAGCGACGGAAGAGGUGACCAAGGAGGUCCAAAAAUGUCCGCCUGCUUCAGAGAACAGCAGCGCCGGCCACAGCAUCGGCAGCACCCAGAGCACACCCUGUUCCAGUAGCAGCACGGCAUAGCGGAUGGAAAAAACCCAGGCCGGACCCUUCCCGCCCUCCUGCCUGGGUCCGAAAGACUAAAAGAACUCGGGGUGCUGUAACAUCCGGGAAGGCGGGACCACAUCCUGAACGAGGCGGGACUUGUGGCCUUCUCCGAGUUCAUGCUAUACGUCCAAAGAGUUUUGCACCCGACACCAUGAUGAAAUUUAUCGAACAGAAAGUCAGACAGACAUUUCAGGAUGCAAUCCAGGGCUCAGAUUUUGACAACCUCCUGAUAGUAAUUUGCGAUAUUGCCAUCAAAUGUGGGAGGUGAAGAAGUGGCUGCGAAGACCCGACUGUAAAAAAUUAAAAAGCCGUGGGGGGUACACACCAUCCUCACUAAUGGAUGUGAAAUUGGGUGGCCAUGUCUGUAUAACGUUUCAACGAUACAUGCAAGUGAACAGGAAAUCAAUGGCUAUUUUGUUUUCGUUUUAGUCGGCCGUUUCAGGGCGCCAUGAAAAAUGUAAUUCUCGUAAAAAAAUUCAUACUUUAACAAAGUCUCAAAAGGGAAUUGGUCCAACUAAGGCCCACUCGGAACCUAGUAUACGUGAAAAAUAGCUGAUGCUAAAUCGCUAGUCAACACAUAGCAUGAACAGAAAGACUUGUUUUUAGCAAGCUAAUCCAGUAACGCAGGAUGUGAUCGGAACGGAAGAACCACUACUGGUCUUGAAAAUGGUGGUAUGUAAAGAAAAGCUGUCAGUUUUGAAUGUAAACAGAAGUUUGAAAAUGCCAAAUAAUGUGAAAGACAAAUGUGAAGACAUACUGAUGACAACACAGUUUUAUACGCCUUUCUUUCCUCUUUCGCCGUAUGGUAAACAAGUGCCUUUGAUACAGGAGUAUGAAGCUAAGCUAAACUAGCUAAAUUUAUGACGUUUUAUUUUUUUAUCCAAUGAACUGGUGUUGUUUGUAGAUUUUCUUUUUUUCCCAGAAUGAGACGAAAAGGGGGGCACUGCACAGUCGGAUCCUUCGCAUUAUUAGCAUUUUAGCAAUCCCCUGGCCGAAACAGUUUCCUUUGUGUUAAGCUAGGCUAACAGUCCCCGACCCUGAGUGAUUCUGAUCUUCUCAUCUCGUUCUUGGAAAGAAAGCAGGUGAGGACAAAAUUUCAUUUGAUACCACUCAGAGUCAGAUCACUAGCAUUCUUUGCUUCCCCACUUAAAAAAAAAAAAAAAAAAACAUGAAACACUCUUUGCAAUUCAAAAUGACGGCCUAUUUCAUAAGUUUUAUCUACUGUAGUUAGUUCCUUUGUUUCACUUUUUCAAAAAUGACAGAAAAACGUUGAUAUAACUCAAAGUCGGAUCAUUAGCAUUGUUAGCCUUAUUAGCUUUUCCCCACUAAACGUCACCAGUCUGACAAAGUCAAGCUGUUUGACCUCUGCAAAGCUUAACUACGCUAUCUUCCUGUCCAACUUACUGAAGAAUGAUACCAGUCUUCUCUUCUUGUUCUGGG